AUGGAGAUUCCAGAGAAUCAUCAUCACGAAACAUGGUCAGAAACAGAAAGUAUCGGAAGCAGAAGCACCCGAAGCGCGAGAGUCGGCUUCAGCGGCUCCCUCAGCGGACCAUUAAGCGGUCCGUUAGUCUCCAACAACAAGAAGAGAAGCAGCAAGAAGAGCGCGAGGUUCAGCGAUGACGUGGAGGAUUUCGUCGAGAUCACACUCGACGUCCGCGACGACACCGUUUCGGUACAGAACAUUCGCGGCGGUGACUCCGAGACGGCGUUGCUCGCUAGCCGUUUGGAGAAACGGCCGUCCACGCUUUCCGUUAAACUCAAACAGGUUUCUCAGGAGCUGAAAAGAAUGACGUCGUCGAAGAAGUUCGAUAGGGUUGAUAGAGCCAAAUCUGGUGCGGCGCGUGCGCUGAAAGGACUUAAGUUUAUGACCAAAACCGUUGGAAGUGAUAGAGGUUGGUCUCAGGUGGAAAAGCGGUUUGAUGAAUUGGAAGUUGAUGGAAAACUUCCUAAAACGCGCUUUAGCCAGUGCAUUGGUAUGAAUGAGUCAAAGGAUUUUGCUGGUGAACUGUUUGAUGCAUUGUCUCGUCGGCGGGGGAUAACAUCAGCUUCAAUAACAAAAGAUGAACUGCGGGAAUUUUGGGAGCAGAUGACAGAUCAGAGUUUUGAUUCAAGAUUACAAACUUUCUUUGAUAUGGUGGACAAAAAUGCUGAUGGACGAAUCUCUGAAGACGAAGUUAGAGAGAUUAUUACCUUAAGUGCUUCUGCUAACAAGCUGUCAAAGUUACAAGAUCGCGCAGAAGAAUAUGCUGCUCUAAUCAUGGAGGAGUUAGAUCCAGAUAACCUUGGAUUUAUUGAGGUACACAACUUGGAAAUGCUUCUUUUGCAAGCUCCAGCACAAUCAACUCACAUGCACACAGAUAGUAGAGUUUUGAGUCAAAUGUUGAGCCAAAAGCUAGUUCCUACCAAAGAGCACAACCCUAUAAAACGUGGUUUUCGAUCGUUGAACUACUUCAUUGAAGACAAUUGGAAAAGAAUUUGGAUUGUAGCACUUUGGAUUGCAAUCUGUGCUGGACUUUUCACUUGGAAAUUCAUCCAAUACAAAAACCGUGCUGUGUUUCAUGUCAUGGGCUAUUGUGUCACAACAGCGAAAGGUGCUGCUGAAACUCUCAAAUUCAACAUGGCUUUGAUUUUGUUACCUGUUUGUAGAAACACCAUCACUUGGCUUAGGACCAAAACCAAACUAGGAGUUGCUGUUCCCUUUGAUGAUAACAUCAACUUUCACAAGGUCAUAGCUUUCGGCAUUGCUAUUGGUGUAGGGUUACAUGCUAUUUCGCAUUUAACAUGUGAUUUCCCUAGGCUAUUACAUGCAACAGAUGCAGAAUAUAUACCCAUGAAGCCAUUUUUUGGGGAUGUUAGGCCCAACAAUUAUUGGUGGUUUGUAAAAGGCACUGAGGGUUGGACUGGUAUAGUCAUAAUAGUGCUUAUGGCUAUAGCUUUUACUUUGGCCCAACCUUGGUUCAGAAGAAACCAACUUAAACUCCCUAAAGCUUUGAAAAAGCUCUCUGGUUUUAAUGCAUUUUGGUAUUCUCACCACCUCUUUGUCAUUGUCUAUGCUCUUCUUAUUCUACAUGGAUACAAGUUAUAUCUUUCCAAGGAAUGGUACAAGAAAACGACUUGGAUGUAUCUUGCCGUUCCUAUGAUUAUAUACGCAUGCGAGCGACUACUUCGUGCUCUUAGGUCUGGCAACAAAAGUGUCAAGAUUUUAAAGGUUGCAGUGUACCCUGGAAACGUGUUGGCGUUGCAUGUGUCAAAACCACAAGGGUUUAAAUACCAUAGUGGACAAUAUAUUUUUGUUAAUUGCCCAGAUGUAUCUCCAUUUCAAUGGCAUCCUUUCUCUAUUACGUCAGCCCCUGGAGAUGAUUAUGUUAGUGUUCACAUUAGGACUUUGGGUGACUGGACAUCACAAUUGAAGGCUGUUUUUGCCAAGGCAUGUCAGCCAGCAAGUGGUGACCAAAGUGGUCUUCUAAGAGCUGAUAUGUUACAAGGCAACAACAUACCAAGGAUGCCAAAGCUAUUGAUUGAUGGUCCAUAUGGAGCACCAGCACAAGACUACAAAGACUACGAAGUAAUCCUUCUAGUAGGUUUAGGAAUUGGUGCAACCCCAUUGAUAAGCAUAUUAAAAGAUGUACUAAACAACAUGAAACAACAAAAAGACAUAGAACAAGGAGGAGUAGAAAGUGAUGUUAAAAACAACAAAAGAAAACCAUUUGCCACAAACAGAGCCUAUUUCUAUUGGGUCACUCGUGAACAAGGCUCCUUUGAAUGGUUUAAAGGUGUGAUGGAUGAAAUUGCAGAUUAUGAUAAAGAUGGACUAAUUGAACUUCAUAAUUAUUGUACAAGUGUGUAUGAAGAAGGAGAUGCUAGAUCAGCUUUAAUCACAAUGCUUCAGUCUCUUCACCAUGCCAAAAGUGGUGUUGAUAUUGUUUCAGGAACAAGAGUUAAGACACAUUUUGCUAGACCAAAUUGGCGUACUGUGUUUAAACAUACAGCUCUCAAACAUCCUGGCAAAAGAGUUGGUGUUUUUUACUGUGGGGCUGCUGGAUUGGUUGGACAACUUAAGAGUCUUUCUCUUGAUUUUUCAAGGAAAACCAACACUAAAUUUGAGUUUCAUAAAGAAAAUUUUUAG